GACAGAGUUCCAUGUUUCAAAGCUUGAGCGAUGGCGGCCCCUUAUACAUCAGAAUGCCCUUUGCGUUUCGCAGUCGUUGGUGACUCGUGGGUCACCGAAGUGGAUGUUCUUCCGGAUGGCCGACGCCAACCGAAAUCCCUGAGUGCGAAUGCGCUCAAAGAUGUCCUGCAGCAGCGCAUGGGGCAUGUGGAUUUCACCGUGGCGGGAUUUCCGGGUCUCACGACCUGGGCCAUGCAUGACAUCUGCACAUCUUGCACCCUGAGACAUGCUGCGACCUUGUCUGCCGGCUGCUAUUCCGUCGGCAGAUAUCCCGCCGCCUCCCAAUGCGAACUGGAAGGCUUGCCGGUGAUUCAAGAUCCAUGUAGUGUCAUCGAGGACAUCGAUGUGGCGGUGAUUUUGGUUGGCAGCAACGAUUUGCUGAAUGCCGGGCCCUACAUUGACCAAUGGUCCCAGGAGAUCUUGUGGAAUCUGAAGACUGUGCGGGCGACGCUGAGAGAAAGGGGGAUUGAGGUGCUGAUUUGCUCCCUUUAUUUGAGCGAGGAACAGAAACAUGACGAUCCUUACAGAGAAGUGGUUCGGAAAAAAAUGAACCGCAAACUCAAGCGGCAUGGCGAAGUCAUCGAUUUGGAUUCUCUAUUUGGCAAGUAUGACCCUGCCCUUUGGCGUGAUGGUUACCACCUGAAUGACAUGGGUUGUGAUCACUUUGGCAAAUUGCUGGGGCACUAUUUGGUGCGUCGCUUUGGGCAGUUUCCAACAGCCCACGUCAAUGGCAAGGACAUGUUGCAAGUCCAUUGCGAUGGUGCCCAUUUCAUGCCGCGACUGCUAGCUGGAUCGUACGAGCCAAUUGGAAAAAUGCUCCGCGGGAAGAAAGUCUACAAGAAAUUUGGGGGGCCUGGAUCCCAAGAUGUCUUCAUCUUCUACUGCGACAGCAGAUGGGGAAGAAAAUGGAGAGGUUGGUACAUUGGCCCAGAUGUGCAUCUGCGUCGCAGCAGUUGGGCAUUUCACCCUGGACCUUCGCUGGGCAUCGAUGGAUGGUGGACCCAUGGCCGGGGACUUCCACGUUGGGCCAGCACCAGAGUGCGGGUGACGCGCAAGAGACGGCAAGUGAAAUGCAAAAGGAUCGUACUUUCCAAGAGCUACUGGGAGCAGAAAGCUCUUCGCCGAGUUAACGCUGGCUGAGAUCAGCUAAUUAAGAUUAGCUGACUUGCGGAGCAUUUUUUUUGGUGGUUUUGCAGGACAAAUUAUGGGGAACAAAC